AGUACGACGUUGUAUUUCGAUGAAUACUUGAUCUCCAAGAGUCAAAGCAGAACUAUCACGUCUUAUAAUAGAGCCUAACGUCUCUCACCAAGGACGUUCCAUCAUAUAGCCCACCAUAAUGGAGAGCGGACAUAUUGCGGCACGUCCUGUUGUAUUUGCAAACCAUCGAACUGAAAGCACGUUUGAACAGAUACCUAUCAUGUACGCCGGAACGCUUCGAGAUACCGCCCUCCUGAUGAAUUCAUUAGCCAUCCAAUAAACUUACGCUCGUUUCUAGCGAUCUACAGAAUAUGUUUUCAACGGAUCCCUCUGUAAGGCGUACUCUUGCCGACGACAUUCGAGAUGCUUGUAUCAACGUUGGCUUCUUCUACAGUGCUCAAGAAUCAUUCAAUACCAACAGAAUGCAUCGAGAAGGCUGUAGCAGCUGCCAAGCGGUUCUUCUCACUACCGAUCGCUGAUAAGUCGGCCCUUGACAUCCACAAGUCUCCUAACUUCAAAGGAUACACGGCCCUCCUCGGAGAGAAUACGAACCCUGAGAAUCGCGGGGAUUUGCAUGAGGGCUUUGACAUUGGUUGGGAAGAAAUGUCAGGCUCUUCUCGUUCCGACGAUGGUGCCAUGACAGGCGACAAUGUGUGGCCAGAAAAGUUGCCCGGCUUUCGAGAGGCCGUCCUUGACUAUUACCAUGCAGCUGUAAGAUUUAGUAGAGCGUUGUUCCCACUCUUCGCCCUUGCACUGGAUCUACCAGAGGAUUUUUUUGACGAUAAAAUAACGAAACCGGCUGCCAUCAUGCGACUACUAUACUACCCUCCACAAAGUGGUGAAGUCGACGAUCGCAUUGAAGGGAUUGGAGCACACACUGAUUACGAGUGCUUCACCAUCCUCUGGCAAGAUGAAAUACCCGCACUUCAGGUGUUGAACAACGAUGGGAAAUGGAUAAAUGCGGUGCCUAUUCCAGGCACGCUAGUUGUGAAUCUUGGUGACCAAUUCGCUCGUUGGACGAAUGAUGUAUUCAAAUCUACCGUCCACCGUGCAGUCAACCGUGGUGGGGUAGAGCGGUACUCGAUCCCACUUUUCUUCGGUACGGACUAUGAUGUGAAGCUUGAGGCCCUGCCGAGCUGCGUUUCUGAGGAUAUGCCGGCGAAGUACGAAGUUGUGACAGCAGGCGACUACGUGAAGUCUAGAUUGGAGGCUACAUAUGCCCAUUCGAAGUGAUUCAUGCUUCGCAUCUGUUCAGACGAUGACCGAUUGGCUUCCGAUCGACGUGAUCGACCUGUACAAUAAACUUGGAGUGACUUGAUGAAUGAAGGAUUUCCACAUACC